CCCCUCCCCUUCCUAAGGAAAAGGCCGGACUCUGCUCAGAGACGCAGAGCUGAAGCGAGGUCGACAUGGGCAACUUGAAGAGCGUGGGCCAGGAGCCUGGGCCACCCUGCGGCCUGGGGCUGGGGCUGGGCCUCAGCCUGUGCGGCAAGCAAGGCCCAGCCUCCCCUGCGGCAUCCGAGCCCAGCUGGACACCACCAACCGCACCCGCACCCCUGCCUGCGCCAGACCCCAGCCCUCCGCUGACCCGGCCCCCGGAGGGGCCCAGGUUCCCUCGUGUGAAGAACUGGGAGGUGGGGAGCAUCACCUAUGACACCCUGAGUGCCCAGGCACAGCAGGACGGGCCCUGCACCCCACGACGCUGCCUGGGCUCCCUGGUAUUUCCACGGAAACUGCAGAGCCGGCCCUCCCAGGGCUCUCCACCUGCCGAGCAGCUGCUGAGCCAGGCCAGGGACUUCAUCAACCAGUACUACAGCUCCAUCAAGAGGAGCGGCUCCCAGGCCCAUGAGCAGCGUCUUCAGGAGGUGGAAGCCGAGGUGGCGGCCACAGGCACCUACCAGCUGCGGGAGAGUGAGCUGGUGUUCGGGGCCAAGCAGGCCUGGCGCAAUGCCCCGCGCUGCGUGGGCCGGAUCCAGUGGGGGAAGCUGCAGGUGUUUGAUGCCCGGGAUUGCAGCUCUGCGCAGGAGAUGUUCACCUACAUCUGCAGCCACAUCAAGUACGCCACCAACCGGGGCAACCUCCGCUCGGCCAUCACAGUGUUCCCCCAGCGCGCCCCGGGCCGGGGAGACUUCCGAAUCUGGAACAGCCAACUGGUGCGCUAUGCGGGCUACAGGCAGCAGGACGGCUCUGUGCGAGGGGACCCGGCCAACGUGGAGAUCACCGAGCUCUGCAUCCAGCACGGCUGGACUCCAGGCAACGGUCGCUUCGACGUGCUGCCCCUGCUGCUCCAGGCCCCAGAUGAGCCCCCGGAACUCUUCACUGUGCCCCCCGAGCUAGUCCUCGAGGUGCCACUGGAGCACCCCACGCUGGAGUGGUUCGCGGCCCUGGGCCUGCGCUGGUACGCCCUCCCGGCUGUGUCCAACAUGCUGCUGGAAAUCGGGGGCCUGGAGUUCCCUGCGGCCCCGUUCAGCGGCUGGUACAUGAGCACAGAGAUCGGCAUGCGGAACCUGUGUGACCCUCACCGCUACAACAUCCUGGAGGAUGUGGCUGUCUGCAUGGACCUGGACACCCGGACAACCUCGUCCCUGUGGAAAGACAAGGCAGCCGUGGAGAUCAACGUGGCUGUGCUGCACAGCUACCAGCUGGCCAAGGUGACCAUCGUGGACCACCACGCCGCCACCUCCUCCUUCAUGAAGCACCUGGAGAAUGAGCAGAAGGCCAGGGGGGGCUGCCCUGCCGACUGGGCCUGGAUCGUGCCCCCCAUCUCGGGCAGCCUCACCCCUGUCUUCCAUCAGGAGAUGGUCAACUAUUUCCUGUCCCCUGCCUUCCGCUACCAGCCAGAUCCCUGGAAGGGAAGUGGAGCCAAGGGUGCCGGCAUCACCAGGAAGAAGACCUUUAAGGAAGUAGCCAAUGCGGUGAAGAUCUCUGCCUCACUCAUGGGCACGGUGAUGGCCAAGCGUGUGAAAGCCACGAUCCUGUACGGCUCCGAGACCGGCCGGGCCCAGAGCUACGCGCAGCAGCUGGGGAGGCUCUUCCGGAAGGCCUUCGACCCCCGGGUCCUGUGCAUGGAUGAGUAUGACGUGGUGUCCCUUGAGCACGAGACGCUGGUGUUGGUGGUGACCAGCACAUUUGGGAAUGGGGAUCCCCCAGAGAAUGGAGAGAGUUUCGCCGCGGCCCUGAUGGAGAUGUCGGGCCCCUACAACAGCUCCCCUCGGCCCGAACAGCACAAGAGUUACAAAAUGCGCUUCAACAGCGUCUCCUGCACAGACCCGCUUGUGACCUCCUGGCGGCGGAAGAGGAAGGAGUCCAGCAACACAGACAGCGCAGGGGCACUGGGGACCCUCAGGUUCUGUGUGUUCGGCCUGGGCUCCCGGGCGUACCCCCACUUCUGCGCCUUUGCUCGCGCGGUGGACACGCGGCUGGAAGAGCUGGGUGGGGAGCGGCUCCUGCCUCUGGGCCAGGGCGACGAGCUGUGCGGCCAGGAGGAGGCCUUCCGCGGCUGGGCCAAGGGCGCCUUCCAGGCCUCCUGCGAGACCUUCUGCGUGGGAGAAGAUGCCAAGGCCGCUGCCCGGGACAUAUUCAGCCCCAAACGGAGCUGGAAGCGCCAGAGGUACCGGCUAAGUGCCCAGGCCGAGGGCCUCCAACUGCUGCCAGGCCUGAUCCACGUGCACAGGAGGAAGAUGUUCCAGGCCACAGUCCUCUCAGUGGAAAACCUGCAAAGCAGCAAGUCCACCCGGGCCACGAUCCUGGUGCGCCUGGACACUGGAGGCCAGGAGGGGUUCCAGUACCAGCCGGGGGACCACAUCGGCGUCUGCCCGCCCAACCGGCCCGGCCUUGUGGAGGCCCUGCUGAGCCGCGUGGAGGACCCACCCCCCCCAGGCGAGCCGGUGGCCGUGGAGCAGCUGGAGAAGGGCAGCCCUGGUGGCCCUCCCCCCGGCUGGGUGCGGGACCCCCGGCUGCCCCCCUGCACGCUGCGCCAGGCUCUCACCUUCUUCCUGGACAUCACUUCCCCGCCCAGCCCUCGCCUCCUUCGACUGCUCAGCACCCUGGCUGAAGAGCCCGGCGAACAGCAGGAGCUUGAGACCCUCAGCCAGGACCCCCGGCGCUACGAGGAGUGGAAGUGGUUCCGCUGCCCCACGCUGCUGGAGGUGCUGGAGCAGUUUCCGUCGGUGGCACUGCCUGCCCCGCUGCUCCUCACCCAGCUGCCCCUGCUCCAGCCCCGGUACUAUUCCGUCAGCUCAGCACCCAGUGUCCACCCACGGGAGAUCCACCUCACAGUGGCCGUGCUGGCAUACCGGACCCAGGAUGGGCUGGGUCCCCUGCACUAUGGAGUCUGCUCCACAUGGCUCAGCCAGCUCAAGGCCGGAGACCCUGUGCCCUGCUUCAUCAGGGGGGCUCCCUCCUUCCGGCUGCCACCCGACCCCAGCGUGCCCUGCAUCCUGGUGGGCCCAGGCACUGGCAUCGCCCCCUUCCGGGGAUUCUGGCAGGAGCGGCUGCACGACAUUGAGAGCAAAGGCCUGCAGCCCGCCCCCAUGACGUUGGUGUUUGGCUGCCGAUGCUCCCAGCUUGACCACCUCUACCGCGACGAGGUGCAGGGUGCCCAGCAGCGCGGGGUGUUCGGCCGCGUUCUCACCGCUUUCUCCCGGGAACCCGACAGCCCGAAGACCUACGUGCAGGACAUCCUUCGGACAGAGCUAGCCGAGGAGGUGCACCGCGUGCUGUGCCUCGAACGGGGCCACAUGUUUGUCUGCGGCGACGUCACCAUGGCAACCAGCGUCCUGCAAACGGUGCAGCGCAUCCUGGCGACAGAGGGCAACAUGGAGCUGGACGAGGCCGGCGACUUCAUCGGCGUGCUGCGGGAUCAGCAACGCUAUCACGAGGACAUUUUCGGGCUCACGCUGCGCACCCAGGAGGUGACCAGCCGCAUACGCACCCAGAGUUUCUCCUUGCAGGAGCGGCAUCUGCGGAGCGCAGUGCCCUGGGCUUUCGACCCGCCCGGCCCCGACACCCCUUGCCCCUGA